UUACAUUUACGUUUAGUACCUACUGAGAUAUAAGGACUUUUAAUUAAGUAGAGCUGAAAAAGAACAGUUUUUUUUAAACAACUCUUAUCGUGUUAUGUAUGCAAUUUUGGUCAGAUUGUGACUGCCGAUAUUUACAUCGCUUUUUCAAAAGCUACACGAAGAUCGCUUUUUAAGCCUCCUGAACUGACAGUCUUCUUCCAGUGAAUUAAAAAUUGAGGGAACUUACGGUGUUUGUUCGGCAAUAAUUAUGUAAUAAACAUCAAGAGCAGCUUAUAGUAUAUUUCAUGACCUAUUGUGUUGGAUUUAAAAUACAAAUGUCAAUACACUAUCAACAUGCUAUAUUGAUAAGCACAAAGAGUUGAACUAUUGAACGCAGUUGUUCCAGUUAAUUACAUUUAGUACACGUGUUUUGUUAAAAAUGAUACGAGAAAAAGUUGCGUGGUUCUUACGAAAUUUAUGGGCAGUAAAGAAUAUUAUCAUCGUUUUUAUUGCAUUCAUUGCACCAAUAAAUUUAGCAAUAGGAGAUAGCAAGGAGACAAAAUGUGCCUACGGUUUGAUAGUUAUGGCUACCCUGUGGCUAACAGAGGCUUUACCCAUACCGGUUACAGCAUUGCUUCCUACGGUUAUCUUCCCUUUGUUGGGUGUCUCCACAGCAAGGACUAUUUGUUCGAAAUACAUUAAUGACACGACUGUAUUGUUCUUGGGAGGUCUUGUAGUUGCUGUUGCUGUAGAGGAAGUAGGAUUACACACGAGAAUAGCCAUGGGUAUAAUAUCUGUAUUGGGAUCGAAUCCAAAUAUGUUAAUGUUAGGACUGAUGUUACCAACAUGGUUUCUGUCCAUGUGGAUCAGUAAUACAGCAGCGACAUCUAUGAUGAUUCCCAUCAUCCAAGCAGUUAUGACUCAGAUAAAAGAGGCCAACAAAAUAAGGUUGGAAGGAGCUAAAGAACGGAAACUGUUACUUGAAGAUGUUUCUGAGUCAGAAAAUCCAACCAUACAAACCAGAGAUUCGAUAUCGGUAAAUCCGAGCGAGGGGAAAAUUAAAAAUGGUGCGAUGCUUACCGUACCAACAGACACACAAAUUUCCCCCGCCAACGACUCUGCAGCUUGGAAUUCUAUUUUGAGUAUGUUAGAAGAUGAGAAAAGUACAGAAAAUAGUGAAUUGAGACUGUUUGGCAAAGGACUGGCACUUGGCGUUGCUUAUGGUGCAAAUGCAGGAGGCAUUGCUACACUGACCGGUACUCCUCCAAACCUGAUAUUGCAGGGACAAGCUAACGAAAUAUUCGAUAAAAGAUCACCCGGGUCAGACUCUGGUAUUACAUUUGCUAAUUGGAUGGGAUUUGCAUUUCCGCUGUCGAUUGUUAUACUGCUGCUGAGUUGGAUAUGGUUACAAUUAUUUUUCCUGCGGUCAUUGUGUAUACGAAAAACAGACGCAGUGAGGACCGCAGCAAUUCAGUCGGCUAUUAGACAUGAACGCAAGAAAAUUGGACGAGUGACGUUUGGUGAAAUUGUGGUCCUGAUUUGUUUUAUAUGCUUGGCUAUGUUGUGGAUAUUCAGAGAUAUUCCAGGAUUAGGAGGAUGGGCAUACCUAUUUCAUCUUGAUAAAGAUGGCAAACCCUUUGCAAGAGAUUCAACAGCAGCAAUGUUGAUUGCUAUAGUUCUUUUUGUAUUACCAAAGUCAGUGCCUAAUAUAUUCUGUUUCAUAAAAUCUAAUGAUGAAAAGCCGUCUUACUCACCCAUUCUGACAUGGGAUAAAGUUGUACAUAAGCUACCAUGGGGUGUGAUAGUUCUACUCGGAGGAGGCUUUGCUUUAGCAAACGCAAGUUCUAGUUCAGGUCUUUCAAAAAUGGUUGGUUGUAGCCUACGGGUAUUUAGCCACAUGGAUAUAUGGGUAAUGAAUCUUAUCAUCUGUUUGAUUGUGGCGGGAGCUACAGAAAUUACAAGCAACAGUGCAACAGCUACUUUACUGAUGCCAAUCAUGGCCGAACUGGCGUUAUCGCUAGGAAAGAAUCCUUUAUAUUUGAUGAUCUCAUCAGCCGUUGCCUGUUCGUUUGCCUUCAUGUUGCCAGUUGCAACACCGCCUAAUGCCAUUGUGUUUUCGACUGGAAUUUUACGUAUUCCUGAUAUGGCAUCAGCCGGUAUCAUGAUGAAUGUGGUGGCCAUAUUAGCCCUUACUCUUGCUGUGAAUACGUGGGCAAUCCCUAUCUUCAGUUUGGACGUGAUCCCUAGUAUUUUUAACAACACAGACGUGAACUCUACAUGUUUAUGAAAUCAACGGAGACUAUAUGAUCAAUAACUGCUUUGAAACCAAAGUAUAUGCGGAUCCUUGUUUGCUCAAAAAAUGCUUACUACGUAUUUUAAAAAAGGAACUGUGAUAGGUGCUUAAAUAUAAUUGCUCAAUGAAAGAAAAUCUUCAAAUAUAACACCAAGACUAGACAGAUGCAAUAAAGGGUAUUGAUUUACUAUAUGCUUAUCAGGAUAUAUCAUAUUUUGUAAGUGAUUAUCAGAAAUUGUACGAUACAGAGACAGAAAUAAUGAUUGUAUUUACUAAGUAAGAAUUACUUUAAUCUAUUUUGAUAGUAAAAGUAUAUAUUUUGCAACCCUUAAGCUUCCCACUGAGCAAUGUAAAAGAGCCACAUUGCUCUUGAUCAUCGUAAAGGAUAAUUUUGUUGAUAGCAUGUGAACUCUUCAUGUUUUCAUGCACAAAUUUUCGUUCUGUAAUUUGGUCAGAUCUUUUAGCCAAUGAUCUAAGGUUCUGUCAACAAAUUCAAUCAUAACUAUUGAAUGAUUAUGGAUUAUCAAUGUAUUAUGCAUGUGUAUUAAUAAAUUUCUUUUUCAAAAA